GUCACUCUGCCGUUUUUCCAAACAAAAUUCUUAGCGGUUUUGAAGGCGAAGCGAAUAAGAACGGAAGAGAAACAAGCGGAAAAUAGCGCGUCUCCGCGAAUGACGCAGACUGGAAGCUUCCACUCGAAUGACAAUCGGUUCGGCUAAAUAAUAUUCAACAAUAGCGGUGCUCUUACGAAUUCCCGUUGCCACGAGCAGUGUGCAUUGCAAACACAACAACAAUUGCGGUCAGGAAACGCAACAACAACAACAACCGGGAGAAGUGCCGUUUGUUAUUGGCGCAUAAAAAAGAAUCGCAAUUUGGCCCCUGAAUAGUUUCUCAAAAGCCAGCCAUGUCCGACGCGGCCAAGUCCAACAACAAUGCGUCCGCCGAUGCACCUGAUCCGGCCACUUCCGUAGCUCCCGCUGAAGGAGCUGAGGAGAGCAGCGCAGCUACUCCGACCACUCCACGGGGCAAUCACAACAACAAUAUCAGCUCCAACGGCAAGAGCAAGAACAAACUGAAGUCGACGCAGAACAGCAGCGGUGGCGGCAGCAUAGACAAGCUAUCGCCGGACCAGGACAUCUUCAUCAACGCCGCCGACGGCCUACCCAAUCAGCAUCCGACGCUUCCCAAGGAGGGGGACGUCGACAGCGACACAGAGCCGGAGGUGGACGCCGAUUCGUUCGACGACCUACCCACCUCGAUUAUCGUGACGAACAUCCACUCGGAGGUGUUUGCCAAUCCGGAGCUGAAGCACUCCAUGGAGGAGCUAUUCCGCACGUUCAGCGAAUCGGCCACGUUCCAAUGGCUGCGCAGCUUCCGCCGCCUGCGGGUGAACUAUGACAAUGCCAUUGCGGCGGCCAAUGCGCGGAUCAAGCUGCAUCAGUACGAGUUCAACAAGAGAACGGUGAUCACCUGCUACUUCGCCCAGCCGGUGACACCGGUGAGCAACAAGAACCUGCAGCCGCCGGCGCCGGUCAAACAGUUCCUCAUCUCACCGCCCGCCUCUCCGCCAGCCGGCUGGGAGCCGCGCGAGGAGGGCGAACCGCUGGUCAACCACGACCUUCUGGCCGCCCUGGCCAGCCUCACGCCUGGCGAAUCGCACGAACUGCAUCCCCAGAGCGAGGACCAGCCGGCCAUUAUUGUGCACACGGCCAUGCUGGCGGAGACAGGGCCAGGUCUCCAGGUCAAGGCGCCCAUCGUCCAGACCAAGUGCCCGGAACGGGCAUAAUCAUCAGGUGGAGACGACGACGACCAGGCUGAAGCUGAAAACUUGAGUUGUAAAUCCAAAUCGAACAAGGACAACGGGUUGGGACUCGUGCUUUGCGGAUGGUUGGGACUUGGAUGGAGUAUUUUUUGUAAAUAUUUUCCGAAUUAAUUGUGAUUAAUUUACAUACACAUAUAUUUAGCUACGUUCAUAUGUUUGUAUUACUAGGCACUCGAACACCCAUACCCGACAUACUUUCCCACCCCUCCUUUCAAGUGUAGCAUUUACCCCAAUUGGCUUCUGAUACAAGUUCUUUGGCUAGCAACCGCAUCUAGAUGUGUUUAUCUCUCGAUUUGAGUGUGUCUAUGUGUAAGAAUAUUGAUGUUAAGCCAUCGCGACUACCUGCUAACAAUAUCUCUAUCUCUGUGUACCUUUGACUGGAAAUCGCUGACAAAGGCGCUACCGAGAACCGCGAUCCGGAAACCAAAAACCGAAAUCCCAGAUAUAAAGCUACUAUAUCUAUGUAAAUGUUAAUGUAAUUCUAAGCCAGCGAAAUGGUGUAACGAUAUCGCAUCAGAUAUCGCCAAGCAUACGUAUAUAAAUCUAUAUGCCUACGUGUAGUUAAAAUUUAAAUUGAAAAUAUAUUCAAA